AGCGAGUCACAUCGUGCCUGUCUCUCGAGAAAGUACCACCUGGGUCCAUGCUCGUUGCCUUUUGUGAAUAACAAAGCAGACCCACACCGGAAACGGUCAGAAAGGCCAUCGACGGCCACUGCUACACCCUCCAUCCAUCGACCUGAUGCAUGCUAGCCAAAGUGUGACAAGCGUCGACACAAAAACUUGCAACACCCUGCAUGCCCGACCAUGAUCCACCUCACCAUCGUGACUUUUCAACACGAUGCACCGUCUCACAUGACGAAGGGCAAGCGCCAUGCUCGCUGCAUGGAUGAAGUUCCGCUUUCCUGCAAGAUUCAAGCUAUACAGGGCUGCUCAAGUGGAGGAAGAGGCCGCGAGACACUGAUUCGAUCCGUAUUAGAAGACGACAAGGCGCCUAAAAGCGUCGCCGCUGGCGCUCUCUCAUAUGUCUCCUCUUCCCUUUCAUAUGUUGCCUCUACAACCCCGGGAAUCGCAACUAUAAGUGUCAUGGCAACACUUGCGGCAUCUGGAUUAUACUGGCGCUAUUUUCGACGAAUACGCAAUGCCGAAUAUCUCACCCCGGGCGUUCUACGAUGGAGACGAGUGCUGGUGGGCAGAUGCACAAGUGUUGGUGACGGUGACGGAUUCAGGCUGUAUCACCAGCCGGGCCUGCCUUUCAUUCGAGACUACUUGUAUCCGAUUCCCACAACCCCGACCGCGCUACGGAAUUCCACCCUCUCCGUCCGACUAGCAGGCGCCGACGCGCCAGAAGCGGCGCAUUUCGGUAACCCAGCGCAACCCUAUGCGAAGGAAGCGCUCGAGUAUCUCAAGACUCUCGUGCUGAAGCGCACUGUCUGGCUCGAGGUCGCCCAUGUCGACCAGUACAAGCGGCUGGUAGCGACACCCUACGUCUGGAACGCGCCUUACAUUUUCGGUCGGACCAACGUCAGCCUCAGAAUGAUAAAGGAGGGACUCGCCGUAGUGUACAGGAGCGGUGGGGCGAGCUAUGGUUCGGCGACAUGGUGGCAUCGUCUCUUUUUCAAAGUGUCCACCGGCGAGGCCAGGCUCGAGCGGGCCGAGGAGAAAGCACGAAGGCUAAAGAAAGGCAUCUGGAGCCAAAAGCAAUUUGAGAGUCCGAACGACUACAAGAAGAGGGUUAGAGGAGCCGAUCACGGCAAGCUGACUUAAAAGAGGCUGAUGGUAUAGUGAAUGGUGUAGCACGUACGCAAGAGAUAAGAAUCUUUCCAUUACGCGCAUAUUCCCGCGCGUGUCUUCUACCCUACGUGAUAGCUCUCUGGGCUGAGAAUGCUCUG